GGGUUACCAUGAGGAAAUGUUCGGAGUGUGUCAGGCGUGGGUGUGCUGCAGGAGUGCCAUGGGCGUGGGAGGGCGUGUGGGAGGGUCAUGUGGCAGGCCUGAUAUAACGAUCGGGAGAGGGAGAGAGCGAACGAGAGAAGCCAGUGUGGACGUGGCCGCUGCAGGGGGAGGUGUGCGUUCUAGGCUCUCUCUUCCCUCUUCCUCGCGCUCCCCGGCUCUCAUCUCCCCGCGUCUUCCUCCCUUCCUUCUUCUCCCCUCUCCCCGGCGUGCCAUGGCGGAGGGGCGGGGCGCUGUCACCUCCUGAACCAGAGACGAGCAAGGCGUGGGCGAGGCAUGGCGGAGGCGCAGCAGGCGAAGCGGGCGCGUCUGGUGCUGCAGGAUGGCACCGAGUUCCCCGGCGAGGCGUUCGGGGCCACGCAGGCGACGGCGGGGGAAGUGGUGUUCCAGACGGGCAUGGUUGGCUAUCCCGAGGCCCUGACAGACCCCUCGUACUGCGGCCAGCUUCUCGUGUUGACCUAUCCGCUGGUGGGCAACUACGGCGUCCCCGACACCUCCCUCCUCGACACAAACGGCCUGCCCAAAAAUGUGGAGAGCCGCCGUGUGUGGGUGGCGGGGCUGGUGGUGGGUGAGGUGUGCGAGCAGCCCUCCCACUGGGCCGCCUCCCGCACCCUGAACCAGUGGCUGAUCGCUGAGGGGAUCUGUGGUAUCCAGGGCAUCGACACCCGUGCCCUCACCAAGAAGAUCCGGGAGCAUGGAUCACUCCUGGGCAAGAUCGUGGUGGAUGGAGGGGACGACCCGGCUUUCUAUGACCCCAACAAGGUCAAUCUCGUCGACCAGGUGUCCAUCAAGGAGCCACGCAUCUACAACCCCGAUGGAGAGGUGCGGGUGUUGGUGGUGGACCUGGGGCUCAAGAACAACCAGCUGCGGUGCCUCCUGAAGUGGCGUGCCUGCGUGACGGUCGUGCCCUGGGACCACCAGCUCGACCCCACCCAGUAUGACGGCCUCUUCCUCAGCAAUGGGCCAGGUGACCCCCAGAUGUGCAGCACCACCGUGGAACACCUGCGCUCGGUGAUGGCCGCCAGCGUCACCAAGCCCAUCUUCGGCAUCUGUCUCGGCCACCAGCUGCUCUCCGUGGCUGCCGGUUGUGGGACCUACAAGAUGAAGUAUGGUAAUCGUGGCCACAACCAGCCCUGCAUGCACGAGGGUUCGCGGCGCUGCUUCAUCACUGCGCAGAACCACGGCUACGCGGUGGACACGGCCACGGUGCCACCAGACUGGGUGUCGCUCUUCACCAACAAGAAUGACGGGUCCAACGAGGGCUUGGUGCACCGCUCCAUGCCCUUCUUCAGUGUCCAGUUCCACCCCGAGCACUGUGCCGGGCCCGAGGACUUGGAGAGCCUGUUUGAUGUGUUCCUGGAGGCGGCACGACAGGCCAGCCAUGGGGUGACGCGCGACACUUGGGACCUUCCAGCCACGCUCACCUCCCACCUCCUGUAUAAGCCCAUCCCCGAGGUGCCCCAGGCUGAGAUUGGUAAGCUGCCCAACAAGAUACUCAUUCUGGGCUCCGGCGGGCUUUCCAUCGGCCAGGCGGGGGAGUUUGACUAUUCCGGUUCCCAAGCCAUCAAGGCCAUGAAGGAGGAGGGGGUGGAGUCUGUGCUCAUGAACCCCAAUAUUGCCACCGUGCAGACCAGCAAGGGACUGGCCGACAAGGUGUACUUCCUGCCCAUCACACCCUCCUAUGUUGAGCAGGUCAUCAAGUCCGAGCGUCCAGACGGUGUACUGCUAACCUUCGGGGGCCAGACUGCACUCAACUGUGGGGUGGAGCUGGAGCGUGCUGGGGUGUGGUCCAAGUACGGGGUGCGGGUGCUGGGAACUCCCGUGGCCUCCAUCGUGCAGAGCGAGGACCGGAAGAUGUUUGCCGAGGUGGUGGCAUCUGUGGGGGAGCGCGUGGCCCCUUCAGCUGCUGUGUACUCUGUGGAGGAGGCACACGAGGCUGCCGAGAGGAUUGGCUACCCGGUGCUGGCCAGGGCUGCCUACGCGCUGGGCGGCCUCGGCUCAGGGUUCGCCGACAACCCUCAGGAACUGGCAAAGCUGGCGACCUCCGCCUUCGCUCACUCCCCGCAACUCAUCAUUGACAAGUCACUGAAGGGGUGGAAGGAAGUGGAAUAUGAAGUGGUUCGAGAUGCAUAUGACAACUGCAUCACGGUCUGCAACAUGGAGAACAUCGACCCUCUGGGCAUUCACACCGGGGAGAGCCUGGUGGUGGCGCCCUCCCAGACCCUCAGCAACAGGGAGUACCAGGUCCUGCGCUCCACUGCCCUCUCCGUGGUGCGGCGGCUGGGCGUGGUGGGCGAGUGCAACAUUCAGUACGCCCUCAACCCGAGCUCAGAGGAAUAUUAUAUCAUUGAGGUCAACGCCAGGCUGUCGAGGUCAUCAGCCCUAGCGUCCAAGGCCACUGGGUACCCGCUGGCCUAUGUUGCGGCCAAGCUGGCGUUGGGUCGGGCACUCCCUGACCUCACCAACUCUGUCACCGCCUCAACCACCGCCUGCUUUGAGCCAUCCCUCGACUACUGCGUGGUGAAGGUGCCACGCUGGGACCUGUCGAAGUUCAACCGCGUGUCAACCAAGAUCGGCAGCUCCAUGAAGAGUGUGGGCGAGGUGAUGGGCAUUGGGCGCAGCUUUGAGGAGGCACUGCAGAAGGCCCUGAGGAUGGUGGACGAGGCGCUGGCGGGCCUUGACCCCUACGUGAGCGAGCCGGACGAGCAGGAGCUUCAGCAACCCACGGACAAGCGCAUCCUGGUGCUGGCGGCGGCCUUAAGGAAGGGCUGGGACGUGGACAAGCUCUACAACCUCACCAGGAUAGACAAGUGGUUCCUCUACAAGAUGAAGAACAUCACCAACAUGUAUGAGCGUCUGGAGAGCUUGGCGGAGGAGGAGGAGCUGCCUGAGGACGUGCUGAGAGCGGCCAAACAACUCGGCUUCUCGGACAAACAGAUCGGAGGGGCGGCUCAGGGGACGGAGCUGGCUGUGCGGGCCUUGAGGGAGAAACAUGGAAUCUUGCCGUUCGUGAAGCAGGUGGACACGGUAUCGGCAGAGUGGCCCGCCGCGACCAACUACCUCUACCUGACCUACUGCGCCUCCUCCCACGACCUGACCUUCCCCGCCGGCGCCACCAUGGUCCUGGGGUCGGGUGUGUACCGCAUCGGGUCGUCGGUGGAGUUCGAUUGGUGCGCGGUGCAGUGCAUUCGAACGCUGCGCAAGAUGGGUCACCGCACUAUCAUGGUCAACUACAACCCAGAGACCGUCUCCACCGACUACGACAUGUGCGACCGACUCUACUUCGACGAGAUCUCCUUUGAGGUCGUAAUGGACAUCUACAACCUGGAGAACCCCCUCGGCAUCAUCCUCAGCAUGGGGGGACAGCUGCCCAACAACAUCGCACUGGACCUGCACCACCAGAAGGCCCACAUCCUCGGCACCUCACCCGAGUCCAUCGACGGCGCCGAGAACAGAUUCAAGUUCUCGCGCAUGCUGGACAGGAUCGGCAUCUCCCAGCCACAGUGGAAGGAGCUCACCAACCUCAAGUCCGCCCAGGCCUUCUGCGAGGAGGUGGGCUUCCCCUGCCUGGUGCGCCCCUCCUACGUGCUCUCGGGGGCCGCCAUGAACGUCGCACACUCCCACCAGGACCUGGAGACGUACCUAAACCAGGCUGCCGCUGUGUCCAAGGAGCACCCGGUUGUCAUCUCCAAGUUCAUUCUCGAGGCAAAGGAGAUUGACGUGGACGCAGUGGCAGCGGACGGGGCGCUGGUGUGCAUGGCUGUGAGCGAGCAUGUAGAGAACGCUGGUGUGCACUCGGGAGACGCCACCCUCGUCACCCCGCCCCAGGACCUCAACUCGGAGACCCUCGCCAAGAUCACCUCCAUCGUUGCCGCCAUCGCCCGGGCCUUAGAAGUCAAUGGGCCCUUUAACAUGCAGCUGAUUGCCAAGGACAACCACCUCAAGGUAAUCGAGACCAACCUGAGGGUGUCGCGGUCCUUCCCCUUCGUGAGCAAGACGCUGGACUUUGAUUUCGUUGCCUGUGCCACGCGGGUCACAGUGGGGGAGGAGGUGCUGCCCACGAACGUGCUGCGCGGCUGUGGGCGGGUUGGGGUCAAGGUGCCUCAGUUCAGCUUCUCCAGACUGGCAGGGGCAGACGUGAUGCUCGGCGUGGAGAUGGCGUCGACGGGGGAGGUGGCGUGCUUUGGGGAGAACCGUUAUGAGGCAUACCUUAAGUCCAUGAUCUCAACUGGUUUCGUCAUCCCCCAGCGCUCCAUCCUGCUGUCCAUCGGGAGCUAUAAGCACAAGAAUGAGUUGCUGCCAGCCGUGAGGACAUUGGCACAGAUGGGUUACAAGCUCUAUGCAUCGCUCGGCACGGCUGACUUCUACUCCACACACGGCAUACAGGUGGAGCCCGUGGAGUGGGCGUACGAGAACUUCGGCGAGACAGCAACGAAGGGUCAGCUCUCCUCCAUGGCGGAUUACCUCGCUCGGAAGGGACUCAUCUACAGCAUCAGGGAGUUCGACUUGGUGAUCAACCUUCCGAUGCGGGGCGGUGGGGCUCGCCGUGUCUCCUCCUUCCUCACCCAAGGCUACCGCACUCGAAGGAUGGCCGUCGACUUCUCCGUCCCUCUGGUCACCGACGUCAAGUGUGCCAAGCUGCUGGUGGAGGCCCUGAGGAUGAUCGGAGGAGCGCCGGACCUCAAGACCCAUGUGGACUGCGUCACCUCGAGAAGGAUCGUCAAGCUGCCCGGCCUGAUCGACGUCCAUGUGCAUGUUAGAGAGCCAGGAGCGACCCACAAGGAGGACUGGGCAUCUUGCUCUGCGGCGGCCCUGGCAGGCGGCGUGACCCUGAUCUGCGCCAUGCCCAACACACAGCCGCCCGUCGUUGACCUGGACUCGCUCACACUCGCCAAGGAGCUGGCCGCCCGUGGGUCUCGCUGUGACUUUGCCAUCUUCCUGGGCGCCUCAACCAACAACCACGCAGUGCUGCCGGAGCUGGCCCCCCGCGCCGCCGCCCUCAAGAUGUACCUCAACCAGACCUUCUCCACACUCAUGCUCCACGACACCACCGUCUGGCUCAAGCACCUCGAGGCAUGGCCAGCACAUCUUCCCGUGUGUGUGCAUGCCGAGGGCCAAACCACAGCAGCAGCACUCAUGAUGGCCCACCUGGCGGCCCGUCCCAUCCACGUGUGUCAUGUGGCGCUCAGGGAGGAGGUGAUGCUCAUACGCUCAGCCAAGGAGAAGGGCAUGGCAGUGACGUGUGAGGUGUGUCCGCAUCACCUGUUCCUCACCUCGGAAGACCUGGAGCAGCUGGGCCUGAAGGGGGAGGUGCGGCCCAAGCUGGCCUCGCCCGCAGACCAACAGGCACUGUGGGACAACCUGGAUAUCAUCGACUGUUUCGCCACAGACCACGACAAUGCGGAUGAACUUCUGUGUGGAGAGCAAGCCCCACAUACCAUCGAGGAGAAGAGUGCACACCAGCCUCCACCAGGUUUCCCAGGGCUGGAGUCAAUGCUGCCGCUGCUGCUCACAGCUGUCACGCAGGGCCGGCUGUCCAUGGAGGACCUGGUAAACAAGCUGCACCACAACCCGCGCCGCAUCUUCCAUCUCCCUCGCCAACCCCGGACGUACAUCGAGGUGGACUUGGACGCCCAGUGGACCAUCCCCGAGUCGCCGCCCUUCAGCAAGGCGCGAUGGACGCCCUUCGCCGGCCGCAAGGUUACCGGCAGGGUGCAGCGCGUCGUCUUAAGGGGAGAGGUGGCCUAUGUGGAUGGACAGGUGUUGGUGCCGCCCGGGUUUGGGGAGGACGUGAGGGAGACGCAGCCGCUGUCCCCUGCCCCCGCCCCACCCUCCGGAGUCAUCCCGCUGUCCUUCCCCACGGCGCCACAGUUCCCCAUCCAGCCUAACAUCGCUCUCCCAUUGCCCCCGCACGGCUACGGUGGGCACAAGGUGAUGGUGAAUACCGACCUGCAGACCCCGGCCGAGAUUGUCAUCCCGCAAUCUUCUGUCACCACCCCACAGCUGCUGUCACCCACCCGCAAGACAGCACCACUCCUGCAUCGAGGCCAGGAUGUGUAUGCUGAGGGGCUGCUGGACGUGGGUGUUCCAGAGGUUCCAGGAGAGAGGAAGGAUACGGCGCCGUCCCGCUCCCGGCCACGUGACCACUCGCCGCUGCCCACUGGCUUCCUCGUACCCGCUGCCUCGCAUGGCCUGCAGGGUCAGCACUUCCUCAGCGUGCAGAACCUGACCAAGGAGCAGCUGAACCACAUCUUCGACCUGGCCCAGACCUUCCGAGUGUGCAUCAACAAGGAGCGGCCCCUUGACCACUUGCUCAAGACUGGAAUGGAAAAACUUCUGGAGGGUAAGCUGAUGGCUCUCAUGUUCUACGAGGUGUCAACACGCACCAACUGUUCCUUCCAAGCCGCGGUGCAGAGGCUGGGCGGCCGCACCGUCACGCUGGACUCCAACACGUCCUCCGUCAAGAAGGGAGAGAGUCUGGAGGACUCUGUCAUGAUGAUGUCGGGGUACGCUGACGUGGUUGUCCUCCGUCACCCAGAGCCGGGAGCCGUGGCUCGUGCAGCGGCAGUGAGUCGGCGGCCAGUGAUAAACGCCGGAGAUGGAGUCGGCGAGCACCCGACACAGGCCUUGCUGGACGUGUUUGCCAUCAGAGAGGAAAUUGGCACAGUGAACGGAAUGGUCAUCACAAUGGUUGGUGACUUGAAGCACGGGCGCACAGUCCACUCCCUGGCCCGCCUCCUCACCCUCUACAACGUCCAGCUGCGCUAUGUCUCCCCGCCCGGCCUGGGCAUGCCGGACUACAUCAUACAGUACGCCACAUCCCAGGGCAUCCACCAGGAGGAGUUUUCCAGCUUGGAGGCGGCGUUACCUGACACAGACGUCCUCUACAUGACCAGGAUCCAGAAGGAGAGGUUCGGCACCCUGGAGGACUAUGAAAGGGCGUGCGGUCACUUCAUCGUCACGCCGCACCUCAUGACCCGAGCCAAACGCCGCAUGAUCGUGCUUCACCCGCUGCCCCGCAACCAAGAGAUCUCCCCAGAGUUUGACACGGACCCGAGGGCGGCUUACUUCAGGCAGGCGGAGGGUGGCAUGUAUGUGAGGAUGGCGCUGCUGGCGAUGGUCCUCGGGAAGUGUUGAGCGCUGCCUGCAACAGUGACAGGAUCAGUCCAGCAGCAAUAUAACACGUCUUUCAUAAUUUAGGCAGUCUGUGUUAGUCACAUGCGGUGGAAGGGGUGUUUUGCUGAAUGUGCUCUCAGUAUUUCCCGGGGACAUACUUGAUAUAUUGAUGAAGGGGAAGUGUGUGGGAUCUUCAUCACUUAUUUGGGAGGUUAUGGGUUCAUUGUCAUCAAGACAAAUGUCCAGUAGAGCAAGACUUUGCUUUGCAGUUACUUUGCAUUCUGUACCACUAAGAAAAGAAACAAAUCAUCCACUCACUGAAGUGACUGAGUUUUAAGGGGAAUUAUAUGUUAGUAGGUAAUUUCAAACAGCAAGAUACUUAAAUCCAUUAUUGAAGUACAAGCACUGGAGAUUAAAUAAAUAUUAUGGAAUCAAGUAAAUUAUAUUAAGCAUACAAGCAUUGGAGAUUAAUCAUAUAUAGAAAUAAUUAUUUACAAGGAUUAUUUGUUUGUAAGUAUUAGUUUUAAGUCUGGUACAGAAAUUAUUGUCAAGACUCCCGUGUGAGCGCCCUACAGGUAGGCUCAAGGCUGUCUGAGUCUUGCAGGCCUUUGCAUCACGGCUCACCGGGGAUGCUGUGAUUGGGUCUUUCUCCAUCACAUUACUACAUUUCCCUCCUCAACUAAUUAUAUUACUGAAGGCAGAAUAAUCCAGCCAAGUCUUAGCUUAGUUUCAAACUUGCUUAUCCCUGUAGGCUGCUCCACUUGAGUUCAGGGGAGUCUGUAUCACCAGGAGUAACUCACCCACUCAUGCCUUAUAACAUUCCAAACUAGUGUAGCACAACUAUUCUGAGGCCAUAAUCAAACACACACCUUGCCGGAGCAAGGGAGGCCAGUCCACAUGUGCCUGUACCAGCCCAGCGGCUGCUGCUGCUGCUAGGCCUGACAAGGGUUUGAAUGAUUUAGGUGAAACUCAUUACAUUCCUAAGUGACAUUGUCUCUGGAGUGCCAAAUAAAUCUUUCAAUUUGU